GAAAUCUGAUGGAUGGAAUCUUAAUCGAACGACUGAAAUAUGAGAGAAUAGGUGGAUGCGUGAUUUGGUUGAGGUGUGACAUGAUAUAUGAAUAUGCUAUGUGAAGCGAAGCAUCUCUCAUGUGCGUGUCUCUGGUAACAUUUUCAUUCUAUCUGGGAUCUAAUUUGCCCAAUUAUGGAUUGAGUUUAAAGGAAUAGGAAUAUGGGUUGUAUAUGCUCUAAAGGAAAAGAUGGGAAAGAAUCGAAGCAUUUUCCUUUCCAUUUGGGGAGGAGAGGUGUAUCAGAGAAUGAUACUACUGCUCGCCUCAUAUCCAAUGGCAAUGCCAUUGGGAAUGGGAACGGAACGGAACCCUCCACCCCAGUUUCAUCGGAUGAACAGGACAAGAAUAAGAAUACAAAUGGGGUGGUGGCAAUGGAAUCAACGGCAACACCUAGGCUGUGUAGGGUAUACAGUGUCACGAGAGGGGAAAGAGGAGCGCAGGUUCUUGCUGGUUGGCCCUCUUGGCUAACUGCAGUUGCUGGCGAAGCCAUUAGUGGUUGGGUGCCCCGCAGAGCUGACUCAUUUGAGAAGUUGGAUAAGAUUGGCCAAGGAACUUACAGCAGUGUUUACAGAGCUCGUGAUCUUGAAACAAAUACAGUUGUUGCAUUGAAAAAGGUUCGAUUUGCUAAUAUGGAUCCAGAAAGUGUCCGUUUUAUGUCAAGAGAAAUUAUUGUGCUGCGAAGGCUCGAUCAUCCAAAUGUCAUGAAGCUUCUAGGCAUGAUUACUUCAAGGGUUUCUGGUAGCUUGUACCUUAUUUUUGAAUAUAUGGAGCAUGAUCUUGCAGGGCUUGCAGCAAUACCUGGCAUCAAGUUUACCGAAACACAGAUCAAGUGUUACAUGCAACAGCUUCUUUGCGGUCUUGAGCAUUGUCACAGUCGUGGUGUUAUGCACCGUGACAUCAAGGGCUCAAAUCUUCUGCUUGACGGUAAUGGCAAUCUGAGAAUCGGUGAUUUUGGACUGGCAACUUUGUUUCAGCCAUCUCACGGGCAGCCUUUAACAAGUCGUGUAGUAACUUUGUGGUACCGACCACCUGAACUUUUACUUGGAGCUACAGAUUAUGGAGUUUCUGUAGAUUUGUGGAGUGCUGGAUGUAUUCUUGCAGAGUUGUUUGUUGGGAAGCCUAUAAUGCCUGGACGGACAGAGGUGGAGCAACUUCAUAAAAUCUUUAAACUUUGCGGAUCUCCUUCUGAAGAAUACUGGAAGAAGUCAAAGCUACCGCAUGCAACAAUUUUUAAACCUCAACAACCUUACAAACGUGUUAUUUCUCAGAUUUUCAAGGAUUUUCCUUCAUCUGCGCUGGGCAUCUUGGAUGUCCUUCUUGCUGUAGAACCGAAAGAUCGAGGAACUGCAUCUUUUGCACUUCAGCAUGAGUUCUUCACAGCAAAUCCACUUCCUUGUGACCCAUCAACUUUGCCAAAGUACCCACCAAGUAAGGAGUUUGAUGCCAAAAUUCGUGAUGAGGAAGCUAGAAGACAAAGAGCAGCAAAUAAAGGACAUGAACAUGAAUCAGUUGGGAAAAAUUUUAGAGAGUCUAAAGCUGUGCCAAUACCUGAUGCUAAUGCUGAGUUUGAGGCAACAAUGGGGAGGCAAGGACAUUCUAAGUGCAAUACUGAGAAGUACAAUCCUGAAGAGGAUGGUGGUGUUGGCUACCCUCGUGAACCUGCAAAGUCAAGAGCACUCAAUGUAUUCUCUCAUUCUGGCCAGUCAAUGCAUCCAAGUGUAUAUGGAUCCUCUCGCAAUAUGAAUUCAAAAGAGGGAGACGUUCCUGAUCAAGAUUUUAGAUCAAGAAAGUCUGAGUUGAGAAAACAAAAUUCCUUUUGGCACGGUAGCACUGCAAAAGUGUCAAGAUUUACUAAUUCAGUUGCAGUUCGAGGAGAUUCACGGCUUGAUAUGAGUGGAGACCGUAGUGUGAAUUCACAAUGGUCAGAAGAUCACUUUGGUAUGAGAUAUAACCAUCUUGCCGACGGUGAGUCCAACCAAUUGUUGAAUGGACCCAAAUCUUCGCCCAAGAAGGACUUUCAUUCUACUGGGAAGGAUCGUACCAAGGGCUAUUCUAACAAAAAUGCUCGCAUGCACCAUUCUGGACCGUUGCUGGCUCCAGAGGAUAAUCUUGAAGAAAUGCUUAAGGAACACGAAAGGCAAAUCCAACUGGCUAUCCGCAAAGCUCGUUUGGGCAAGGACAAGGCCAAAAAGGCUGACAUGAGAAUUGCCUAACUGAAUCACUAUUUCACCCUGUGAGAAACCAAAAUUGACUUUCAAGAGGGUUUUGAUCAUACAUUUAAUAUGGGAUGAGAACUCUUGAACAAAAGAUUGUGGCUGUCACAAUGCCAAGAUAUAUAUUUCUUUUGGAAAUUCAUCAACUCUUGAUGCCGAUAGAUGAAUAAUGCUCGUGUAGUGGGGCUUCAACAUACUUCUUCACAACAGAUAUUUAUAACUGUCAUAAAAGGUCUUGUACAGUUUCUAACUGACACACUUACAUGCUUCAGGAAGGUGGAUAGUUUAUAGAGCAAAUGAAAUCCAUGGCGAUUGACGACUGUAUCAUAGUUUGUGGUUUACUAAAUUAACAUACCAGCAAGUUGUUUCAUUUUCAGAUGCCCAAGUCAUUUCCAUGGCAUCAUUACUUUGUACAUUUGAAACCAAUUUUGCCGAAUUACAAUUUUUUCAUUUAAUGCAUUAGUUAAUCAGUUAUUCAAGUUUGAUAUGCACUUAUGUUCAAAGGCUAGAGAAACCAUUAGCAUAAAAAAUUCG